AUGGAACGGCAAACAGAAGAGGCCGACAGAGAGACCGAAGAAGCGUUGGAUAAAUGGCAUACAAGACCUAGAGAGAUUGGAAACUGCAAACUGAGAAGAACGGAUUUAGAACGGUACGGCGCAAGUGAUUCGACGAAAUGUCAAUUCGACGACGUCCAUUUUGGUAACUGAUCAAUUCGGCGCUACGCCAAUAACACAAUUUUUAUUUAUUUUAUAUUAUCUGACAUCAAUUUACAUACUAUCUAAAACCUUACCUAACCAGCUAAUUUAAUUUUUGCACGUCACGUCUGUUUUCCGAAGGAUCAUCACGGAGUUUGGUGGCCGAAGGCUGAGCAAAACGUUUCAUAACGACGGACAAGGAGGACGUCUUCACCGACGCCACCGCGCUCUUCAUUACCUUCAUCGGCUUUUUCGGUGGUACGUUAAUCUUCAACGAUUCUUUAUUCUCAGUACUUUCUUAUGCACAGUAGCAAUAGUGUUUCACAAAAUACCGAUUUUCGGCGACGGCGACGGUUCAUUAUUGAUCGUCACUGCUUUUGGCACUGAUUUGAUAUUGGGCACCCCUUCUUAUGUGAACCAAAAAUGAAAUAAAUAAACAAUUCGUUAACUUUGAGCUGGUGGACUUGCAAAUAAAUGCGACUGUUCGCCGUAUCACCGGUAUGGAUAAGGGAUAAGGAUACGCAAACUGUCGGACAAUAUAAUAAAUGUAUUAAAUUAUAAUACUUCUAACAAAUAUAAAUAUAAAUAAGUAUAAAUAUACGAUGGCAUGUCCGGUGUCACAUUCAACUAGGCAUAUGGCACCGAACUAUAAAAAAUGCACUAUGACGAGUAUAAAAUUUGUUUGACCAACCAACCUCGCCAACAUUCUUGUAUUGAUAAAUAUGAGUGCAGCCACUUUUGUAGAUGGGAAGUUGGAAAAGUAAGAUACAGACGGAAAUUUAAUGUAUAUCUGUAGGUAACGAUAAACCAUUGCUAACGAAAAAUGAUUCUGAGCGAAGUUCAAUUGAUGGUGUUGCUUUGUUAACAAUAUAUACAGUGUGUCCCACCAUGUUCGACGGAGUUUUCUAGAGCUAUUAAUAUUCAAUUUUUUUUUUUUUAUCAAUUGGUUUGUUUUCGAGGAAGACAUCGAUUUGAAAAGAAAUUAAAUUUUUUAUUUUCAUUCCCUAAACACGCAAAAAAAUAAUUUUUUAAUUAUUCACUUUACAAAAUUUUCAAAAUAGCCAUUUUGUAAAAGAGAUCAUUCUAAAAAUUUUAAUGUAUCACACAUUCAUAUUCGAUGAAUAGUUUCUUAAUAAUAACCGUUUUAAUUUCUAGAAAUUAAGUGUGAAAACAAUUAAUACCUAUUCAAUAAACCACUGUUGCGAUAAGGAAUUACCGUGUGGCAACUGUGAUUAUCGACCACCAUAUCGACUAGAGCUGCUGCGUUUUCCAUAUUUUUACCUAUUAUUAUAGUAUCGUCUGCGAACCCACAAAUAGAAAUAUUGUCCAUGUCUGGAUGAAACUGAAACGCUUAAAUAUUACUCACGAUAGGAUCCACAAAUACAUUUAAACAUUUAGUUUAAAAACAUUUGAGUGUUUGCAUUUUUUAUUUCCGUCAAUCCGUUGACGAGAUAAUCCACAUUAAAAGUUUAUCAAGAUUCUCUGACAAAGUUUAUAAUAUUAAAGUCAUUAGAAAUUGCUCUGCAGUACUGCAAACAAAAAAGAUUUAGAGAGGGGGGGACGUACCCCUAGUGCCCCCUAGCUACGGCACUGUAUCGGACUGUAUUACUGAAGGUGUUCCUAGUAGUAUACAAAUUUCAACGAUAUAUUAUGAGUUACUUUUUCGUUAUUAUAUUAUUAUUUUAUGUAAAUAUGAUAUAUCAUAUAUAUGACUCAUUAAUUGUAGAAAGAGGACAUGUCAAAUUUCUGACAAAAUUGAAUAAUUAUCGGAUUUAUAUUUAUUCACCUUGAAUAUGUUAUGUAAAAAUGGGACUAGUCCAUCAAACCGUUAUGGAAAUAUCAACAGCUUAUAAGCCAGUGUUUAGUGUUUAUCUUAAUAAAUUGCAUGUGACACCGAGGUUUUUAUAUAAAGUCACUCACAGGUUUUUGUUCAGAUCUUAUCUAGAUCUGUAAUAAAUUAAUAACGCACACAUAAUAAUAGUUUAUACAUAUUACACAAAUACGAAAAUAUUAUUCAUUAAUAUUGUACAUCGAUAACAAGUUAAACGAGAUUUUUUAAAAUUAAUUUUGCCGGUUACAUUAUGGAGUUAUAAUUUCUUUGGAAUUUGACCAUGAUAACACAACAAUGAAUUAGAGAUAUUGAUAUCUUUACAAUAUAAACGUAGUUUGAUGAAUUUUUAAAAUUAAUUUUAACGGAUCAAUAUUGAAUAGUAGAAUACGGAUAUUAUAGUGAUAUUGACUAUGUAAUAACAAUCAACAAUUUAUUGAGAAAAUUAAGUUAAUAUUCCUAUUAUAGUUUUUACAUUUUUCAAUAGAUUAACAGAACGAAGGACAAAAGCGGUCGAAAACGAUGAGUUCAAUUAGAGAUUAUUUUCCGAUUCAAUAUAGUAAAUUCUAUAACGAUUCAUUCAUACAAUUUAAUAAAUAGAUAAUUCUUCCUCAUUUUUAAUUAUUACAGGAGUUGGUGGAACCAAGCCCAAAAAGAAUUUUAUUUUAGAAAAUCGGAAGUAUGUUACUAAACUAACAAAAACUACUCAACUGUCAAAAAAUAACGAGGUAUAAUAUCAUCACUAUUUUUGAUUAUAUGUUUAGUAUAUAUUUAAAUAAUGAGUACUUAUCUUAGAUUAUUAACUAAUAUUAAAAAUGAUUUAUCAUUUGUUUAGCAACAAUAAAUAAGUGUAGAAUGAACAUCUAAAUAUGAAUACUAGGUAGGGUUACCAUGAUGUCUUUAGACCAAAUCCGGGCACUAGUUUGAAAAUAAAUGAUAUGGUCAUUUUCUUCAGAGAAACUUUCAAGUCAUCUAGAGCUAAGUAUUACAUGAUCAGUGGCGCACAUCGGGGGGAGGGGGUCUAUGGUGUCAACUAACACCCCUCAGAAAAUUGGUGAAUGCCGCCUGGUGCCAGGUGAAUUUAGAUAUUAUUUGUAUGUAUAUUUGUUUAAUAUUAAUAGUAUUAAUUUGUUAUUGAUUUUUAUGAUGCCUUAACUUACAUUUGACUGGUUGAGGUGAGUGGGUAACUAGAUAUUUAUAUUUCCGAUACCCUUGUGAAAAAUGUACUGUGCACCACUGUUCAUGACGUGAACAAAUUUUCACACAAAUAGAAAUAAUAUUAGUAAGAUUGCAUUUAAUAAUACAUUAUAAUCAUUUAUUUAAUGGCAACAAUAAUAAUAAUGGAUGAAGUCCUCGGAAAAAUAUGAACAAAAAUAGAAAUUACAAAUUAUACAUUUAUAUUUAUACAGAGUGUAACACAUAGAUCUGAUACAUAAUAUAACUUUUGGACUGAUAUAGCCUUGUUUUUUGUUUACUUUUGUUUCCCAAUUAUGGACAGGUGUUUGAAAUCCAAAUGUAUGGUAACCCUUGUACUAAGUAUUCUAUUUGAGACUAUAUAUGAUAAUUUAUUUAUAAAUUUACUAGAUUUUAUAACUCACUAAAAUAUUUAUAAAAAAACAGAUUACCUAUCUAUGGGUACAAAUAAUAAUAAUGUAAACUAAUAUAAUUUAUUAAAAAUGAUAUUUUUACCUUGGUAGGGGUAAUUGAUUGAAGAAUUGUUUAUUUUAUUCUUUUAUUAAUGUAAUAGAUUUAAUUAGACAUUUGUGACUAGAAUAUAAUAUUCUAGUUGGCUAUCUAUUAUAUUUGUUUAUAUUCGUAUCCUGGCAACAUACUAGUCAUUGUGUUUGAUCAUUUACUGUUUAUAGGAUUUAUAUUUACCUAAUUUCACAAUGUAGUCAGAAUAGUAUUGUAAUACAAAAUAGAAAUUAGAAAAAAAUAUAUUAUUAUAAGUGAGUAAAAAUAAAUGUACACUCAAAAGUAAUGGUGAAAUAAAUAAGAAAAAUGCAAAAUUUUAGACAUGAUUCCAAAAAAGUUUUUAUAUUUUUAAAAAUAUUAUUAUUUUAUAGAUAAUUUGAAAAUUUUUAUUAUUUGUAUCUAAUUUAAAUUAAACUGUAAUCAUAAUUAAUUUACAAUGUGUGCAUUUUCGGAAAAAUAUAAAUCAAAAAAUAAACUGACAUAUUUCCCACGGUGGGUGGGCCACUGUUGUAGGUAAAAUGUUGGGAAAGUAGAGGGAAAAUUUAACGUAUAUCUGUACGUAACAAUUAACCAUUGCUAACAAAAAACGAUACUGAACACAAUUCAUUUAUACAUGUUUUGAAAGACCAUAACAAAUUUAAGAUUUGAAAAAACCAUUGAGAUAAUAAUAUGCUCAUCAUUGUAUGGUACCACCUCAGUCAAAUUUACUUUCAAAAAAAGUGAUUCAUUUGAAAAUCAGAGCAAACUUUCUGAGAGAAGAGUUGUUUACAGAAAAAAAAUAAAACAUCAUUAUAAAACCAAUAUUUUUUACUUCGCUCAGAAUCUAAAAUAUUUUAGAAUUUAAUGCAGUAUUAAUUUUGAAUGUUGAAAAUGUUGUUUAAGUAAUAGGUAGGUAUUAAAAAUAUAUAUCAAGAUGCAUUUUAUUUUAUAUUAUUAGGUAACUAAAAAUUAUAUAAUUAAUUGAAUUAUAUGCAUUAUUAUAUAUUGUAAUAACGAAAUCUGUGUAUUUUCUUUUAUAAGCAGAAUUAGGUCACAACAACUGUAAUUUUUAUAUUUUUAAAGGGACUCAAAUUAAGACGCAUAACAAAUAACAGCUCAAUUCCUGAAAACUCCAAAAAGCAGUCAAAAUCUGUACAUUUAGAUAAGAUUGAUGCUAGUAUCAAAUCAAUUCGAUCUGCACUUGCUCAAACUAAAAUUACCCAAGAAAAAUUAAAUACCACAAGUCAUUGCAAAGUAUCGUUGGCUUUUAGAGAUCAAGGUAGUAUUUUCUAUUUAAUUCAUAAUACUUUCACAUGUUUUUAUUUAUUGUGUAACUUACAAUAAUGAUUUUUGAGCUUAAUAUUUCUGAAAUUAAAUAUUAUUUUAUACAUAGAAGGCCAUUUUAUUGUCAGCUAAAAAAAAAACAUUAUCUUUUAAGAUUUGUUUUAUACUGUUAUUUUUCAAUGUCGAUUUUUUUUAUAAAUAUUAAUAAAUUACAAUCUUUAUAUUAAAAAGUAAAUUGUAACAAAUUUAUUUUAUUAUAGGUACACAAACAAUAAAUCCAUACAAUGAAGAAAGUAUUCUUAAAGAUAGUAUCAUAAGAUAUCCAAAAUUAGAAAAUUUAUAUUUCAAUCAAAUUAUUCCGACUAAGAUUACAAAUACUAUUGCUAUACAAACUGAUAGUUCUGAAUCUGAAUAUUCUAUUGUUAGAUCUAAAGACACUUUAAAAUCUAUACAAAGUGAUGAAAAUUCAAAUAAAAAGCAACCAAAUUUAGUAGAACUUAAAGAAAAUGCAAUAAGCUACCAUCAGCCUGGAGAAAUACCAAAGUAUGCCCAUUAAGAAUUUAUUAUUUUUUAUUACAUACAAUAGAAAUUAAUUAUGAAACAAUUGGUUGACAAGUUUUCUUUAAACUUAUAAUUUAAUUAUAUAUUAUCCGUGUUUACUAUGUGUAAAAAAAAUAAAAAAUUUUAAUACAAAACAUUAUUUUUGUUUUUCUGUAAUAAUUAUUUCUUAAUAGAUACCUGAAAAAUCGGAAAAUAUUAAAAGAAAAGAAUGAAAAGGAAGAGCAAAAAAAAUUAGCAAUUCGUCACGAAUUGGGUCUCGAUGAUCCAGCAUGUCCCCCUGGCCAUAUAUUAUUACCAACAUUUGAGCGUUUAGACCAUCUUGCUAAAAUAAAAAAAGGCAAGUUGUUACACUAUAAAUAUAUUAUUGUAAUUAAUAAUUAUAUUCUAAAUAUAUUACGUGUUUGUAUAAUAUAUUUCAGAUUAUAGUCAUCUGAUUUUGGAAUUGAAUAUGUUACCUGUGAGUUCAGAUUCAUACAAAAUAAAAGAGAAACGUAAACAUUUAGAAAAAGAAUUGGAUAAGUUACAAUUAGGUAUGAAACUAUUUUCUAAAGAAAAAUUGUAUGUUAAAAUUGAUCCAAAAAUCAUUAAUUCUGCUAAAUAA